AUGCCCUGCGCUGAGGGCUGUGCCUGCUGUCCUCACGGGGCUACUGGAGAGCCACAGAGAGGCUGGAACCAGGACAACUUCCUGGAGAUGCGGGCCCUGCAGGGAGGGCAAGGAGGGCUCAUCCAGGCAGCCCCAAGCCCCAUCACAAGGACGAGGGACAGCCGGGACUGCAUCAUGACGUCCGCGUCAUGCCUGAGUACCAGCCUGGUGGCCAUUCCCGCUACCGCUGAGAGCAGUGCUGCCGUGAGCGUCUGCACCAGCAGCAGCACCAACCCAACCAGCUCCCUGGACAUUCGGAUGUGCUCCUCAAAGAAACAGGACAAAGUGAAGAAGAGGGUUGUCUGGGGCAUCGAGGUGGCUGAGGAGCUGCUGUGGAAAGGCUGGGAGCUAGGGAAGGAGAUCACCAAGAACCUGGUUCUGAAAAAUCUAUCCUUGAAAACCCAGAAGAUGAAGUACAGGCCCCCCAAGACCAAGUUCUUCUUCACGGUCAUUCCUCAGCCCAUCCUCCUGAGCCCGGGCAUAACCCUUACGCUUCCCAUCAUCUUCAGGCCUCUGGAGGAGAAGGAGUACACGGACCAGCUGUGGUUUGAGAAAGCAGAGGGGACGUUCUGUGUGAACCUGAGGGCCACCCUGCCUUGCCACAAUCUGAUCUGCCCACCAUCCCUGCAGUUGCCCAUGUGUGCCGUGGGGGACACGGUUGAGGCCUGGUUCUGCCUGGACAAUGUAGGGGACCUGCCCACCUUCUUCACCUGGGAGUUCUCAAGCCCAUUCCAGAUGCUGCCCACCGUGGGGCUGCUGGAGCCAGGUCAGGCUUGCCGGGUCAAGGUGACCUUCCAGCCUCUUAUGGCUGUCAUCCAUGAAGUUCAUGCCACGUGCUGGUACGGGGAGGGCAGCAAGCAGAAGAGCAGCAUCCAGCUGCAGGCCACAGCCAAAUGUGCCCAGCUGCUGGUGAACAUAAAGCAGAAGCAACCAGAGGACCAGGAUGUCGAGGGCUUCCAGAAAGUGCUGCACUUUGGCUCUGUAGCUGUGGGCUGCACUGCCGAGAGGCAAAUCAGGCUGUAUAAUCCCUUGGUGGUGAGUGCCCCCUUCAGGAUUGAAGUGUCCCUAGAUAUGCUGCCCAAAGACCAGGCCUUCUCAUGCCCCACGGCCUAUGGCGUCGUGCCCCCAGGAGAGAAGAAAGAUGUGUCGGUAUUUUUCCACCCCAAGACCUUGGACGUCAGAACUAUGGACUACUUGUCUGUUUUGCCCUCUGGCUGUGUGUCUCCAACCCUGCUCAAAGUCGUUGGUUUCUGUAGAGGUCCCGAUGUGUCCCUGCAGCACUACUGCAUCAAUUUCAGCUGGAUCAACCUUGGAGAGCACUCAGAGCAGCUCCUGUGGAUUGAGAACAAAUCAGACUGCACGGCCCACUUCCAGUUUGCCAUUGACUGCCAGGAGAGCGUCUUCAGCAUCAGGCCGACCUUUGGAACCCUGGCGGGCAAGGGCCGCAUGACCCUGCUCUGUGCCUUCCAGCCCACUCACCCCAUCAUCUACUUUCGGCGGGUGGCCUGUCUCAUCCACCACCAGGACCCAUUGUUCCUGGACCUGAUCGGGACCUGCCACUCGGAUACCACCAAGCCAGCCAUCCUGAGGCCUCAGCACCUUACCUGGUACCGCACACACCUGGCGCGGGGCCUGACGCUCUACCCCCCUGACAUCCUGGGCCUUAUGCUGAGCGAGGAGAAGCUGGAGCGGGAUAAGAACGGGGCCCUCAUGAUUCCCACGGAGGACCUGGACGACGCGCCAGCCCCGCAGUACCCCUUCGUCCCCCCCAUGGCUGAGUACUUCUUUGAUGGCACCAGGGACUUGGCCAUCUUCCCCCCGCCCAUCAGCAUGGAGCCUCUCGAGGUGGAUUUUGGUGCCUGCCCCAGAACUGAGGAUCCCAACCCUGUCCCACUGUGCCUGGUGAACCACACCAAGGGCAAGAUCACUGUGGUCUGGACACACAGGUCUAACUGCCCCUUCUGGGUGACCCCAGAAACCUGCGAUGUGCCCCCGCUCAAGUCCACGGCCCUGCGCCUACACUUCCACCCGCCUCACCCAAACGGGCUCUACGCCGUGGAGCUGGAAGCCUUCGCUGUCUAUAAGGUCCUGCAGAGCUUCAGUAACAUUGAGGAGGACUGCACCGUGUGCCCCUCCUGGUGUCUGACGCUCCGUGUGAGAGGCCAUAGCUACAGUGCUGCCCUGGAGCACCACACCCCCCAGUAUUCCCUGGAUGCCCCCAAGCUAUUUCCUGCAGUGUCUCCCAGCGAACCCUCCUACCGAAGCCUGCUCCUGACCAACCGAGGUUCCAUGCUGCUGACCUUCAACCUGGCCCCCAAAAGCAGCUCAGACAUCUCCCUGCUGCCCAGCUCGGGCCUCGUGGCCCCUGGAGCCCACCAGAUCUUCCUCAUCUGCACCUACCCCAAGGGCAACUCCUGGAAGCAGCACAUUUUUUACUUGCAGUUCAAUUUCUGCCCCCAGUAUCUCAAGGAGGUGACCAUGCAGAGCCGGGAGGAGCCGCUGCAGCUGAAGAUGGACACCUCCAAAAGCAUCUACUUCAAGCCCACCCAGGUGGGCUCCUCCUCCACCAGCCUCUUCACCUUCCGCAACCCCUCGCGUCUACCCCUGGAGUUUGAAUGGAGGGUCUCCCAGCAGUACAGGAUGAUGCUGGCUGUCCAGCCGGCCAGAGGGCUUAUCCAACCCAACGAGAGCCUUACACUGACGUGGAUCUUCAGCCCUCUGGAGGAGACCAAGUACCUGUUCCGAGUAGGGGUGUGGGUCUGGGAAGCCAACCUGCCCCUAAACACCAAGCCCUUCACCACCACCCCCUACAUGAUCCGGCUGGUGGGCAUGGGCAUCACCAGCACCCUCUCUGCAAAGGAGAAGGAGCUGGACUUUGGGAAUGUGGUGGUGAACAGCCAACAGUCCAGGUUGCUGGUGCUCCUGAACGAAGGCAACUGCACCCUUGACUAUCGCCUGUUCCUGGAGCAGUGCAGCCCUGAGGGUGUCAACACCAACCCCAUCGCCCUUCAGCUGGACCGCACAGAGGGGAGCAUGCCACCCCGGUCCCAGGACACCAUCUGCCUGACCGCCUGUCCCAACCACCCGUCCCAGUACUCCUGGACCAUCAGCUACUCUCUCCUCUCACACAGAGAUAACAAGGUUGGGGAGAAGCAGGAGCUGUGUCGCGUCUUCUUGGUGGCCGUGUUCCCCUUACUCUCCAUCCUGAACAUCUGCUCCAUGGGCAGCGCUGAGGGCAUCACCCGGAGACACCUGUGGCACCUCUUCUCCCUGGACUUGCUCAACAGUUACUUGGAGCGCGACCCCACCCCCCAGGAGCUCACCUACAAGGUGCCCACCCGGCACAGCAUAAGUCAGAUCCCCCCUGUCUUCACCCCUCUGAAGCUCGACUUCAAUUUUGGGGCAGCGCCAAUAGAGGCCCCACCUUCUGUGGUGCUCCUGGCCCUGAAGAACACCGGAGUGGUGCCCCUGGACUGCCACCUGUUCGUCGGCACUGAUCGCCUCCCAGUGCUCCUCAAGGUGUCCCAUGGCCGGGAGAUCCUGCUAAACUUCGUAGGUGUGACAGUGAAGCUGGAGCAGAAGUAUGUGCACUUCACCUCCACCAGCCACCAGUUCAUUCCUGUCCCAAUUGGCGACACACUGCCCCCGCGACAGAUAUAUGAGCUGUAUAACGGUGGCUCGGUGCCCGUGACAUAUGAGAUACAGACCAACAUCCUGUCGCAGGUUCAGGAAAAAAAUUUUGACCAUCCCAUCUUCUGCUGCCUCAACCCCCAAGGGGAGAUUGAGCCAGGCACCACUGCUCAGGUCUUGUGGAUCUUCUCACCUAUUGAGGCCAAGACCUAUGUGGUGGACGUGCCCAUACACAUCCUGGGAUGGAACUCGGCCAUAAUCCGAUUCCAGGGAGUGGGCUAUGACCCCCAUGCCAUGGGGGAUACAGCCCCUUUCCACAAUAUCUCCUCAUGGGACAGCAGCUCCACACACUCAAGACUGAUGGUUCCUAGACAGGAUGUCUUCCUGUCCCAGUCUCACAUCUCCCUGGGAAACAUUCCUGUGCAAAGCAAGUGUAGCCGCCUGCUGUUCCUCAACAACACCUCCAAGAAUGAGACAAUUACCUUUGCCUGGCAGCUGAAGCCUUUAGACUUUGGGGAGGUGUCUGUGAGCCCCAUGAUAGGGAUGGUGGCUCCGGAAGAGACGAUCCCCUUCGUGGUGACUCUGAAGGCCUCAGUGCAUGCUGGUUUCUACAGCAUGGACCUGGUAUGCAAGGUGUACCAGCAGAAACUCCUGAAGGAGUUCCAUAAAGAACUGCUUGAGUGGAAAGAUGAGAAAGCACGGCAGGAAGCGGAGUUCACUAUCACAGACAGGAAAGUGAAGAGAAGGGUGUAUUGUACAGCCUGUGAACCUGUGAGAAGGUACAAGACGCUGCCCCCCAUCAAGAAACAGCAGUCUCUCAACCGGCCGACCAGCUGGAAUCUUAAGAUCCCAAAGGAAGAAACAUUCUGGCCCUGUCCCCAGCCGUCCUCACCAGGAAUGCUCUUCUUGGGUCUCACUGCCCGCGCCCAUGCCAUUGACUACUUCCUGGCCAACUUCUUCUCUGACUUUCCCCGACACUUCUUGCACCGGGAGCUGCCACAGAAGAAGUGUGCCAGGGAGGAGUCGAAGGCUUCUGAGAAAGAAUGCCCUGACACAUGGGCCCCUGUCUCCAAGCAGAAGAAGCAACUUUUGGUUGACUGUCUCACCACCAUCAUCAGGGGCCUGCUGGAAGACAAGACCUUCCAGGAGGCCAUAGACCAAAGCCUGGUGGAGCAGGUGCCUUACUUUUGCCAGUUCUGGAACGAGCAGUCAGCCAGGUUCAUGGCCCAGAACAGCAGCCUGCACGUAGACCCACAGCUGUUCCUGUCCUCUGACAGAUGGGAGGGUGGGGACGGCAAGGAGCAGGAGGAAGACAGACAGAGGCCGGACAAGCAGGAGGAGGAGGAGGAGGAGGAGCAGGAGGAGGAGGAGGAGGAGGAGGAGGAGGAGGAGGAGGAGGAGGAGGAGCUGGAGGAGGGGGUGGUGAACGAGGAGGAGCUGGAGGCGGAGGCCCAGAAGGAAGAGAAGUUGACCUGGACCAGGGUUGAGCCCACCCAGCAGCCCACGUCCCAGGACACACUGAGAUGGUGGUGGCAGCAGCAGCUCAAGGUCAUCACGAAGGAGGAGCAAGAGCAGGAUGAGAAGGAGGCAGUCAGUCGGCUCCCGGCUUUCGCCAACCUGCAGGAGGCGCUGCUGGAGAACAUGAUCCAGAACAUCCUGGUGGAGGCGAGCCGAGGGGAGGUGGUGCUCACCUCCCGGCCGCGCGUCAUCGCCCUGCCGCCGCUCGGCUUACCCAGGAUUUCGAUUGGAGACCUGCUGUCGGAGGCGCCCCCAGGGUCACAGCACACAGUGGUGUCCAGGCUGGUGGUACCGCCCCCUACUGACUCUUCCAGGACGCCAGCGCCCGGCCCCUUAGACUUGCUUCCCUAG